AUGGCACCAUCCCCUAGUUCUGGUGGACGUACUCCUUCAACUCGUGGUCGAGGAAGAGGCCGACCGCGGCUAAGAGGUCGUGCAAAUAGUCUGCUCAGUGGUAGGAGACGCACCUCGUCUCUCCCCGCAUCUGUCCCGGAAAGCUAUACUCCUACGGGCCGCCGAAGACCUGUUUACCAGAAUGGCUACAGGCCAGGAGGUGCUGGCGGUGGUGGAAGAUAUAUAGAUCACUCUACAGGAUCGAUCGUUCCAGCAAACGUUUACAACACCACCACUACUCCAGCCCCAAACAGACGAAGAGCUCCAGUGACUCCGAGCGUGACGGCGGCGGAUGGAGUUUACAAGCCAAGGGAGGAGAAGAGCUAUAUAGAGUUCCAUCCAGAUCUAGAUGUGGAUGCUACGCUGGAAUGUUUGUCCGCAGAAGACGUCGAUGGAGCAAGCUAUAAACCCCCGGAGUGCGGGAAGAGUGUGAAAAUCGUGGAUGUUAAGGAAGAGAUCGAGCCACAGGAAGAGAGGUCUACUACAGGUUCGAGGAGAUGGGAUAUAGGAAUGAGCCUCGAUGGAAAUGGCCAAAAUGUUGAUGAGAUAUUGGAUACAAACACUGGGAUUAUCACAUCAUCAUUUACAACCUACUCUUCAGCUCUAAACGAAGGCGUUGAAAAACCGCUAAAUCUCUACAAUAUUAACCUCCCCAUCGACCCCGCCCUAGCUGCUCUCACCUCUCCUUUGCCAUCGGAGCUCACUACUCAGAUACCAAUCGACCCGGCCCUCUCACAAGUGGAUCACCAACUAAUCCCACAAACACCCGCCAUCACCCCAACAGAAGAAGUAUCAAUUACUCACCCUCCUGUCACACCUGGCCCCAUAAGAACUUCUCGUAGGGGCGAUGAUGGCCCCACUCUCGCAUCCCUGCGUGCUCAUCGAUCAAAUGCUGGCAAACCUCCCCUCCGUCAAACUGUUGCCCACCCACAGUCGGUCCGACGUCCACGGGCCCAAACAUCAACCCAGGCGUCAUUUGAAGCCGAGAAGCUCAACCUUCCAAAGCCAAGUUACCGCAAGAUAACUCCUUUUCAAUUCUCUGAAUUUGCGUGGUCUUCCUCUGUCGGAUCUACUGGUCCCUAUGGCCUCAACAACCCACCGUCUUCCUAUUCCAUGGGAUCCGGUAAGGGUCGUCGUCGGCUGGAACCAACCACACCCGGAUCAGUAGAUCGGUCUAUGGCGCUAAUGGGUUACCAGCAAACAUCGCUAUUCACACUUCCUCAUACCCUCCUCCGUGAUGUCCCCGACCUUGGCAUCGAUGAGGAACUCAACAGCGUCGAUAUUCUAGACCGUGUGGAAUAUGACAUGGAUGAACAAGACGAUAAAUGGCUGACCUCCAUCAAUGCGUAUCGUCUCCUUACCUCAGCCGCCCCCAUCACCCGUGAAAUUUUCGAAAUAACAAUGACAAAAAUUGAAAAGGAAUGGGUGACGUUGGAAAAGAAGAUCCCAAAGGUCAUAGCCAAACCCCACUCCACAUCCUUUUCCGCACGGCGUCGUCGGACAACUGGUGAUGAUGAAGAGGAAGAGGAAGGGGCCGAGGACAGUAAAUGCGCAAUCUGUGAUGACGGGGAAUGCGAGAAUAGUAACGCCAUUGUUUUCUGUGAUGGUUGUAACCUUGCCGUUCAUCAAGAGUGUUAUGGCGUUCCAUAUAUACCGGAGGGGCAAUGGCUUUGUAGAAAAUGUCUUACAAUACCAAGGCAAACGGCGCAUUGUAUAUUUUGUCCAAAUACCGAUGGGGCAUUUAAGCAGACCACUACAACGAGGUGGAGCCAUCUUUUGUGUGCUAUUUGGAUACCAGAAGUCCGAUUGGCGAAUCCGGCCUAUAUGGAGCCUGUGGAUGGGAUGGAGUUAGUGCCGAAGAGUAGAUGGAGGCUGACGUGCUAUAUCUGCAAGCAAAAAAUGGGCGCAUGCAUUCAAUGCAGCAACAAAAGCUGUUUUAUAGCCUUCCAUGUUACUUGUGGCCGACGGGCGCGGCUGCACAUGAAAAUGAAGAAUACCUCUGGGCCGGGUGCGCAGUUGGAGGCAUCGGGGCUGAAGGCAUACUGCGACAAGCAUGUUCCUGCCGAUUGGAGACGAGAGAACGAUGUCGAUGAAGCUGUCAUGGACGCCAUGGAGUUCUAUCAUCAAACAAUGGCUGGUCGCAACUGGGGCGACUCUCAAUCCGCUGCAAUGGCCCUUCCAGACCCUUCGGAAGAAAACAGUCCCCCUAAUGGCAUCCUUGUUGGAGGCAAUCUCCCCCGUCUAAACCUAACUUUCGGCAAUAAACGCAAACGCAAUGCGAAUCCGAAAUCAGUGUGGAAACUUCCCUCUGGCGCACCCGUAAUACCACAUGUCAUCUACACCGCCGUUGUCGAAUUUCUCUCCCGCUUCAAGGUUUACAAGAAAGAGGAAUAUGUUGCUGAAGCGUGCAAAUAUUGGACCCUUAAGCGGGAAGCACGUCGUGGUGCUAGCUUACUAAAGAGGUUACAGUUACAGAUGAAUAGCUUUACAAGUGUGGAAGUUACGAGAAAGAAUUAUGCGGCGAUGGGGCACACACUUGGGACCAAAAGGCUAGGGAAACGCAAAGAGUUUACGGAUGGGUUGAUCAGCAUUUUGGGGAAGCUAAAAGAUGUGACUAUGAGAGUCGAGAUGAGAGAGACGGAAAGGGUAGAGGACGCAAAAGCUCUAAAAGAUUCAUUGGACUCUAUAUAUUUUCCCGAAGUAUCUUUGAUGAGGGAAAUUUUGGAGAAGGCAGAAAGUGUGGGGUACACGUGUAGUCAGGAUCACGAACGUGUCUUUGAACAGGGAUUCUCGCUUAUUCUGGACCGAAUCGAGAACCGACUGUAUCCAACCGUAGAGACAUUUGCCAUGGACAUGCUCUCAGUAUUAAACUCCGCUCCAAGCCAGCCAUUACUAGAGCACAAGUUCAAUAUACCUUCCUAUACUCCGCCCAUACUAGAGCAAAAGAAGGACAUGGAUGAUCUAAGCCAGGAGGCGGCGACCACGAUAUUGAAGCAAGUCGAGCCGCUGUUAGAUGAAGCCGGGUUAAAGGAGAUAGAUCUGAGGACUGAUUCAAUAUCUAUGUCUGCUAAUGCGGUUAUUUUAGAAGCUAAGGUUACGCAGCAGAGGAUUUCAGAUGGGAAAGGAGAUGAUGAAAAGGAAAUUGCCGAGAUCGCAAGCAUUCUUACUGGAACCAACGAGGACGAAGAUAUCCAAGUAGAUGAUGCACAAGAAGGCGGUGAUGACGAAGGCGAUAACGAUGACGCAUUGAGCGAACAAAACGGAGUCAAGGGAGCAGAAAAUAGCCAGCCUUCUUCAAUGCAGUUCACCAAGGAGUCUAUUUCAUCCCCGAAGAAAUCAAAGGCGGGGGUGGAGGGUAUCAAUGGAGCAUCGCCUCUAUUGAUUAAUAUGAAUAUGAAAACACCCACGCCGACUCCGAGACAAAUGAGCCCAGUUACUGGGAUAAAUGGCGAUAAGUCGACUCCUUCACCAAAAAAGGUGCUGGCAUCAUCAAAAAAGGCGUCAUCCCCCAGAAAGAAGGCGCUAGCAUCACCAGAUAAAAAAACACUUGCCGGCGUUGCAAAAGUCUCAUAUUCAGAAAUCGCUGACACCUCUAUCCCACAACGAACCGAAGUCUUUCCGAAGACUCCAGAGGCAGGAUCACCGGUAGAAAAAUCGGCCAGUUUUCGCACACCAAUAAACAGAGAUGUACCCACAGUCAAGGUUCGGCGUGCUUCGGAUGGACUGAAGCCCACUAAAAAGUCUGAUAUGGAUUUUGCUGAAAACGAAGAUCUUAUGGGAGGGUACCGACUUGAAGAUCUCCCUUCUCCGCUGGGAACAGUCGAUGGCUCGAACCCUAGCCCUGACCAGGAGAAGGUGGACAACAGUCUUUCUGCCCUUCCAGCACCAGCACAGAGUACUCUAGCUGCGUUUGUAGCUGCUACAAGUACUGCUACUAACGGGGUUGGAGAUCAUGACAAUACAAGUGUUCUUUCCGAUCCCCCGGAUGAUGAAGAUGUGGAUAUCGAUGCAGAGGGGUCUACAGAAAACGAGGAUGAGAUUGAGGGCUUGGACAGGAUGGACGUGGAUGUUACCAAUCAAGAAGAUGAAGAAGACGAGGAUCUAGAUGCUGGAGAUGAAUUGGAGGAAUCAGAGUCCGAGGAGUCAAAAGGGGAUGGUUCGGCAGGGAGCAGCUCGGGUGGUUCGACGAAGAAAAGCAGAAAAGGCAUGGUUUUUGCUCGGCAAAGUAAUGGCAGGUUUGGGUCGAUGAAGGCAGGCGUUUCUAGUAGUAGGGGAGGAGAAAGCGGAGCGGGCGGUGGCUCGAGGGGGAAAACAAGGAAGAAGAAGUGGUGA